AUGAAGUGUCUGUGGUUCAUUCCUACCCUCUUUAUUUUACUCACUUCUACGCUAGUUGGAGCUAGCCAUGAACACACAAAUAACUGGGCUGUGUUAGUUUGCACCUCAAGGUUCUGGUUCAAUUACAGACACAUGGCCAAUGUGCUGAGCAUGUACAGAACAGUGAAGAGGCUUGGCAUUCCGGACUCUCAGAUUAUUCUAAUGCUGAGUGACGACGUGGCAUGUAAUUCUAGAAAUUUGUUUCCUGGAAGUGUCUUCAAUAAUGCCGACAGAGCGCUGGAUUUGUACGGCGAAUCGGUCGAGGUGGAUUACAAAGGCUACGAGGUCACCGUCGAAAACUUUAUUCGGUUGUUGACAGAUAGAUGGAGUGAAGAACAACCUAAGUCAAAGCGUCUUUUGACUGAUGAAAACUCGAACAUCUUCAUAUACAUGACAGGGCACGGCGGCGCCGAUUUCCUAAAAUUCCAGGACGCGGAAGAAAUCUCGUCUCAUGACAUCGCAGAUGCGUUUGCUCAAAUGCAUGAGAAGAAACGCUACAAUGAGAUUUUCUUCAUGAUUGAUACUUGUCAAGCGAACACAAUGUAUUCAAAAUUCUACUCUCCUAACGUUCUAGCUGUAGGCUCAAGCGAGCUUGACGAGAGUUCUUAUUCGCACCAUUCUGAUGUGGAACUUGGUGUUGCUGUUAUUGAUCGCUUUACUUAUUAUACAUUGGAUUUUAUGGAAAGUAUUAACAAAAACUCUUCAACGACGCUUCAAGAUCUGUUUGAUUCGUACACAUUUGAGAAGGUUCAUUCACAUGUAGGGGUUAGAACGGACCUCUUCGAUAGAAAUCUUUCCGAGGUUUUAGUCACGGACUUCUUCGGAAGUGUUAAGCAUAUCAUCAAAGAUGAGAACGAACAAGAUGAAAGCUUGGAAACGCUUUCGAGUGGGGGGGAAGAGGACUCGAUAGACAACAUUGUGAACCUGGCAAUUAGCAAAAACAAAGAAAAUCCGCUGUUGAGAAAUACGACUUUACUUCGAGUCACUCAGGCACAAUUAAUGAACACCAAAGAUGGCUUGUUCAACUUCGACAAAAAGACGAAAAAGAGCUGGUCUCAGACAUGUUUAUUAAGUGCAUUCUCUGUCAUUCUGGUUUUGGUUUUCCGCUCCCUAUCUGAGGGCAGGAACAACUCUGGUACUGCAAUGUUAUAUAAUAUCAAAUAA